UGACUAGGCCAGAAAGGGAGCAAGAGGAGACGGAGAGAGGAACAGCUUCAGCAGCGCACAUCCUAAGAGAACAUCAAUUUGGAAAUGGACUAAAAUACCACAGGAUUAAGGAGACUCGUCUGUUCAAGUCCAAGUGCAGUCAUGCAGGAGAACCCAGGCUCUAUAGGUGUGGAUGGGGGAUAUGCUAGCAAUGUGCCCGCUUUCCUCACUAAACUCUGGACUCUGGUCGAGGACCCGGAGACUAAUCAUCUGAUCUGCUGGAGUGCUACCGGGACCAGCUUUCAUGUUUUCGACCAAGGCAGAUUUGCCAAGGAAGUUCUGCCCAAAUACUUCAAACACAACAACAUGGCGAGUUUCGUACGCCAGCUCAACAUGUACGGCUUCAGAAAAGUGGUGAAUAUUGAGCAGAGUGGGCUGGUGAAGCCAGAGCGAGACGACACUGAGUUCCAGCACCUCUAUUUUCUCCAGGGCCACGAGCAUCUGCUGGAGCACAUUAAACGCAAAGUGUCAAUAGUAAAAAGCGAGGAGACUAAAGUGCGACAGGAGGACUUGAGUAAGCUGUUGUAUGAGGUCCAGGUGUUGCGGAGCCAACAGGAAAACAUGGAGAUGCAGAUGCAGGAUAUGAAACAGCAGAAUGAUGUUCUGUGGAGGGAAGUGGUGUCACUGAGACAGAAUCACACACAGCAGCAGAAAGUCAUGAACAAGCUGAUUCAGUUCCUGUUCAGCCAGAUGCAAUCCAACUCUCCAAGCACUGUGGGAAUGAAGAGAAAGCUUCCUCUGAUGCUGGAUGACGGCUGCUCCACCCCUCCUGCCUCCAAAUUCAGCCAUAACCACUCCAUGGAGUCUUUACAGGAAUCAUUCUAUAUCCAAUCGCCAUCCACAGAAAGUGCUUCCUGCUCGACUAGCAGCGUGAUGACAGGAGGGCCCAUCAUCUCAGAUGUCACUGAAAUCCCACAGUCCAGCUCCAUGGCUUUACAAAUGCAGGCAGAGGAAUCAAGGGAAAAGUGUCUGAUGCUAAUUAAGGAGGAGCCGGUGAGUCCUGGGGUCCAGGGACGAGCAGAGGGUGUUCCACUCGGGUCUUGUGAAGUGUGUGCUGAACCCCCUGUCCUCCCUGUUGCCAUGGUGCAGUCCGUCCUGGAGGGCCGAGGAUCUAAUUUGGGAGAGAGAAGGGCCAAAAGACCCAUGCUGGAGAGACCAGAGAUUCCUGAUGGCGUGGAGAAUGUUGACAUGAGUCUGGAGGAUUUACAGCUGCUUCUGAGGAGUCACCAGCAGAGCAUGGAAAAUAAUGCUGCAGCAAUGGAUCAAUUUACAUUUAGUCUGCCUUUGAAUGAGUGGAAUUUCGCAGAAAUGGACCCGAACCUGAAAUCGGAACUGGCUAAUGCCCUCAUCCCUGCUGCUGUGUCCCAAUACAUGUUUCAGGGUCAGGAGGGAGAGCUGUACCCCACCGCUGGCUAUGAAGAGCAGUAAAGCCCUGAUGCGACAGCCAGCAGAGAUCCCUCCUGAGAGACGAGCAGAAAGAUUCACUUGAAAACAUGGCACUUGGAUUGUACAAUAUCCCAACAACAGAAGACUCCAAUUUACCUGACACUUGCAGAUGAUAUAUUUAGUAAACUUAUCAAGUGACCGGCCCUUCAUGAAGACUCACAAGAUGAAGCGUGUAUUUUUUUUAAAAACAUCUAAAGCACAUCAAUUCACUGAAGAUGGAAUAUUUACAAAACCCCUUCUCAAGGAAUUCAGGCUACAUCAAGAUCAUUCUGAAGAUAUUUUUCCUACAAUAAAAUGCAUCCCAUGGACACACCUGUUGCCAAAGAAAAGGCAAUACUGAGUAUUUCCCUCCUUGACGACUACAAUGCAUGUGAACUGUUUGCGAUAUGACGUAAUUGAUCGUGGCACAAGUUUGAAUGCACUUUAGUCUGUGUGUUGGAGUUCCUGCUUUGUGGAGCUGUGAUUUCAUUUUCCCUAAAAUUGACAUUAUAAUGAAGCACACGCUUGUAUUUCAAUUUAUAUAUAUAUCUAUAUUUGAAGGCAUAUAAAAAGUACAGGUUUAAUCAUAUUAUGUAUGUAUUUACGUGAGAGGUCUAGGGGUUCAAAAUCAGACCUCG